AUGUCACAAAAUGCUUUUGACCAAAAGAAGGCCAGUAUUCUCGAUGAGAUCAAUUCGCCACAACCAGAUUUGUCCCCAAAAGGUUCAAUCGACGAAUUAUGUAUACCUAUUAUGGAGUUAAUUAAUUCCCAUAAAGAUAUGGUCACAACUUCUUCCUGUAGUGGUAGAGUUAGUGUGUUCGUUGAGGGAACCAAACAUUACAACGAAGAAAUAAAAGUAGGCGGUAAGGGUCAAGGUGGACGUUGGUUGUUUGUAUCCCAUGAUGAGACAAAUGUUGUUGGUUGGUUAGAUAGAUUGGAACAAGAUUCGAUGGCUGAGAAUAUUAUUGUAAAUAUAGGUAAUGUUGAAGAUGUUUCCAAAUUUGAUGGUAGUCAUAGAUAUAUUUUAUACAAAUACGAACCUUUUAUUUUACAUGUUAAAUGUCGUGAUUUUGACGUUGCUUCGAAGUUAUAUAACACAGCAAUGGAUUGUGGUUUUCGCGAAAGUGGUAUUGGAUCCAAUAAUUUAGUAGCUAUUAGAAUUAACAUUAAAUUAGAUGUUCCUAUUGGUUAUCUUGAUGAAACAUCUAAUCAGCUGAUAUUGUUUGUAACAGAGCAAUACAUUAAACUGUUAGAUAAUAUAACCUUAGCUAAAUUCAAUGAUAAUGCAAAGAAAAUAAACCAACUUUUUAAUAAGAUUGAGCACGAUAUAAUAAAAGACAGUGGCAUCGGAAGUACGAUGGAAAAGAAAUUAACGGAAACAAAGGAGGAAAGAAGGCAAAGAAAGAGAAGAGAAGGUCUUGAAAGGCAGGAAUUAUUAAACCAAGCAAACAAUAACGACUUGUAG